AUGUCUGAAACUUUACAACUUAGGGGUAACCUUUAUGGUCACAGUGGAUGGGUUACCCAAAUUGCCACUAAUCCAAAGUAUCCGGAUACUAUUUUGUCAUCGUCACGAGACAAAACUCUUAUUGUGUGGAAGCUGACUCGCGAUGAAACUAACUACGGUAUACCGCAAAAACGUUUAUAUGGUCACUCCCACUUCAUCUCUGACGUAGUGCUCUCCAGCGAUGGAAACUACGCUUUGUCCGGUUCCUGGGAUAAAACUCUUCGUCUUUGGGAUCUUGCUGCUGGCAAAACUACCAGGCGUUUCGAAGACCAUACUAAGGAUGUCCUCUCAGUAGCAUUCUCAGUUGACAAUCGUCAGAUUGUAUCUGGCUCCCGAGACAAGACAAUUAAGUUAUGGAAUACUUUGGCUGAAUGCAAGUACACUAUCCAGGACGAUGGUCACACAGAUUGGGUGUCAUGUGUGCGAUUCUCACCAAACCAUGCCAACCCUAUCAUUGUCUCCGCUGGUUGGGACCGCACUGUCAAGGUCUGGCACUUGACCAACUGCAAGUUGAAGAUCAACCAUUUGGGCCACUCUGGAUACCUUAACACAGUGACUGUUUCUCCUGAUGGUUCCCUAUGUGCAUCUGGUGGCAAGGACAUGAAGGCCAUGCUUUGGGACUUGAAUGAUGGAAAGCAUCUUCACACCUUAGACCAUAAUGAUAUCAUCACAGCUCUCUGCUUCUCACCCAACAGAUACUGGCUCUGUGCUGCAUAUGGACCACUGAUCAGGAUCUGGGAUCUUGAAAGCAAGGAGAUGGUUGAAGAAUUGAAACCACCUGAUGUCGUUAAGGACACCAAAACUGAUCCCCCUCAAUGUCUGUCUUUGGCAUGGUCUACUGAUGGCCAGACCCUCUUUGCUGGUUACACUGACAACAUUAUCAGAGUCUGGCAGGUUUCAGUCUCUGCACGA